AUGAUAAAAAAACCAAUACUAACACGUCCUGUUCGUCAAAUUAAUUUGUCGUUACCAGUUCUUCAAACUGAUGCCUAUGAAGUCUACUAUUCAGUACCACGAUCACAUCAUCGACAUUCAUCAACAAAACGUUCAAUCGUACGACCAAAAACCAAUACUGAUAAUAAUAAUAAUAAUAAUAAUAAUAGCAACAACAAUACUGACAGUAAGAAAUCUAAUAAUCCAAUAACAAGAUUAAGAUCUCCUGGUCGUCUGGCGCAUCUAACUGGUCCAGUAGCGGUUAAUCUAUUUGUUGAAAUGCCUACAAUACCGAGAGAUUCUUCGUCUCUAAUGGUUGAUCCUAUAUCGAACGUAUUGAAUAAGUCGUGUCAUUCUGGACUAUCAUUACGUGCUGCAACAACAUCAGCAAUAAAACAAAGUAAAGCUCAAAGUACAAAAAAUGACGAAGCCCGAUCACAAUCAUCAUAUGCCGACAGACUUCUCUACGAAUCUCUUGUAUCCUUUGAAGAUGCUCGUGCAAUUAAAACGAAAAAUAUGACGUUACAAAGUGUUCACUAUCCAACAUUAACAACCGGUAAACUUUUACAUACGCGAGGAAGAUCAAAACGUAUAGUGGGUUCAAAUGCCAUGCAUCUGAGAAUAUCUAAAUCAUUCUCAUUAGAACAUCUCUUACAAGAAUCAACUACAUUAUCUCGUCAACAUCUCAAUGAAAAGAUUGAACAAUUGACAAGACUUCAUUUUCCAACAAUACAACAACUUCGUCGGGGUCAUCCUUCUUCUGGUUUUAAUAGCUAUCGAACAUAUUUACAUCGAGAAGAGAAAAGAGAUUUUAUUCCUGUGUUCUGUCAUUCACGUUUAUCUCCGUAA